AGACCACAGACCAGGAGGGACCACAGACCAGGAGAGACUGGGGCAGGAGACAUGGAGGUCUGUCAGAGGCUAAAGCUGCUGGUUGUUUCUCUGAUGAUGAUGAUGAUGAUGAUGGACAAAAUGAAGACUUCAGCUGCAUUGCAGAAGAACUGCUCAGACUCGACGGUGCUGAAGACUCGGUCGGCCUGUCACUCCUGUAGCAUCAGCGCACUGAUCUCCUGUCCUUCAGGAUACAAACAGACCCCCCUGUCCACCGCUCAGGACUGCAAGUACUCCAUCAGAACCGCCAGUAUGACGCUAGCCAUCAGCGGCUGCUCCUUCGAGUGUUACCGAGAGGUGGAGGUGAAGACCUGCUGUCCAGGUUACUGGGGUCCGGACUGUAACGAGUGUCCCGAUCGUCCCGAGAGACCCUGCAACAACAGAGGAGUCUGCUCUGAUGGACUGGGAGGGAACGGGACCUGCAGCUGUCAGACGGGUUUUGCAGGAACUGCAUGUGAGGAUUGUGCACCUGGUCGAUAUGGUCCCACCUGCAGCUCAGUGUGUUCCUGUGUGCACGGUCUGUGUAACUCUGGAUUGGAAGGUGAUGGUCGCUGCACCUGUUUCUCUGGGUACAAAGGUCCAAACUGUGACCAAGAGCUGGCUGAGUGUGCGGCUCUCAGGUGUCAGCAGGACUCUCGCUGUAUGGAGGACGCUCUGACAGGUCGGCUGAUGUGUCAGUGUUUGCCUGGAUUCCACAAAUCAGGAGAUCAGUGUUUAUCUGUAAACCCGUGUCUCCAGCGAGUAUGUCAUGUCCAUGCUUCCUGUGUCCACACUGGUCCAAACCAGCACCUGUGUGCCUGUAAUGAGGGUUACAGAGGGGACGGGCGAGUCUGCAUGACCGUCGAUCCGUGUCAGACCAAACAGGGAGGCUGCUCCGCCGAGUCCGCCCGAUGUGUCUACGACGGACCAGGAAAGUCUCACUGUGAGUGUCUUCCUGGUUUUGAAAACCUGUUUAACGGCAGCUGCAGCCUGAAGGACUCCUGCAGACCUGAUUCCUGCCACAGGAACGCUAACUGUACCACCGUGGGCCCAGGGAGAGUGGAGUGUACCUGUUUCCAGGGUUACCUUGGUAACGGUAGAGUUUGUUAUGGGAACAUCAUGCAGCGCCUGAACGAUCUGAACACAGAACCUGGAGGACAGUGGAGCGGUCAGCUGAGCAACGCCAUCUCUCUGUUCGGGUCUCUGUCGUGGUCUCUGCAGAACCUGGGUCCUUUCACUGUUUUUGUCCCGAUCAAUAAAGGCUUCAGAGGAACUUCGGUGAAGACUCUGACAGCGGACCCGUCCAAAGCUAAAUACCUGUGUAAGAUGCACCUGGUUGCUGGGGUGAUGCCGUUUGACACUCUGAAGAAAACCGAUGUGUUUUACACCCUGACAGGAAAAUCAGCUGAGACAGACACAUCAGAGGGGGACGCUCAGACUAAAAUCCGUAUCCAUGGCAGCAGAAAGAAAGGAGUCAUCAUCCAGUCCGAUGUCGUCGCGUCCAACGGGAUGAUCCAUAUUAUCAAUAAGCUAAUGGACAGCGUCUCACCCACUGUGGACAGUGAUACUGAGGAGAACCUGAUGAAGAUCAUUUCUGACUAUGGAAAAUUUGACAAGUUCAAGUCUUUAUUAGAGGAAACCGGCCUGGCGUCUGUCCUGGACCUUCCUGGGCCGAUCACCGUCUUUGCUCCCAGCAGUUCAGCUUUCGAUGCGAUGACUGAAGGAUACCUGCCCUUCCUGAGCAGUGCUGAGGGUCACAACAAGCUGGUGGAGCUCAUCAGGAACCACAUUGCCCCAGGAACCACGCUGGAAGUCUACAACGCCGCGUCCAGUCCCAGAAUUGUGACGAUGGCCAAUCAGGUCCUGACGAUCAACGUGACAGAAAACGGUCAGAUUCUGGUUAACGGAGCCGCCGUGUUGGAGGCGGCUGUGGAAGCUAAAAACGGACGUCUGUAUGUGCUGGACGCCGUUUUGACUCCGGCCUCCAUCGAACCUGUGCUGCCACACAGGUGUGACGUCACCGAGACCAAGAUCAUAAAGGGUGAAUGUGUCAGCUGCUCCAAAGUCAAACUGUCCCAGUGCUCGUCUGGAGUUUACACGGGCUCCUCCACGUUUGGAUGUGUUUACACUUUUUCCAUUGGCAGUCCAGCUGUCAGUAUCCCGGCAACCGGUUGCUCACCUCUGUGCAACGCAACUGUCACGACUCCAGCAUGUUGUGAAGGGUUCUAUGGUCCAGACUGCACCCCCUGUCCAGGAGGACACCAGACUCCCUGCUCUGGACACGGUCAGUGUGUGGAGGGGAUUGGAGGAAAUGGAUCGUGUGUCUGUGAUCCAAACUUCAGAGGCUCGCGCUGUCAGUACUGCUCCUCCUCCAACAAAUAUGGACCAAACUGUGACAAAACCUGUCCCUGUAUCCACGGACGGUGCGAUAACCGCCUGGACUCUGACGGUCAGUGUAAGCCGGACUCGUGUCUGAACGGUUUCACCGGUCGGUUCUGCGACCGACGGACAGCGGCCUGCGGCGUCCAGGCUCAGUUCUGCCACGCCCACGCCGACUGCGACUUCAGUCGGGGGACGCCAAGGUGUGUGUGUAAACCUGGUUAUCAAGGUGAUGGCAUCACCUGUGUGGAGUCUGACCCCUGUGCUCCACCCCUCCGAGGCGGCUGCAGUGUGAACGCGAAAUGUGUAAAGACAGGACCAGGGACUCACUCCUGCCAGUGUCUGAGAGGAUGGAGGAAGGACGGAGACGACUGUCAGCCAAUCAACAACUGUGAGGGCCCUGACAGAGGGGACUGUCAUCCCAAUGCCACCUGCAUCUACGUUGGACCUGGACAGAGCGACUGCAGCUGUAAAGCCGGUUACAAAGGAAGCGGGCACGACUGCGAGCCUGUUAACCAGUGUGUCACUGUGAAUGGAGGCUGUCAUUACUUGGCCAGCUGUCAGCUGCUGUCCUCUCAGUGGACAUGCGUCUGUGAUGAAGGAUACGUUGGAAAUGGACGAAUAUGCUUCGGCACGGUGGAACAGGAGCUGAUGGUUCUGCCCGAUACCUCGCCGUUCUUCACGUGGACAACUGACUCCGGUUUGUCUCUGUCUGAUCAGAACCUCACCCUCCUGGUUCCGUCUUCGGCUGCUGUCGCAAAAAUGUCUUCAGAGGACAAAAACUUCUGGACCACGAAGGGAAACCUGCCGAGUCUCAUUAGAAAUCACAUGAUCCCAGGUAACUAUCCGUUAUCCAGCCUGAGCACCGUUUCCUCCGUGACUUCACUUCUCAAAACAGCACUUCCUGUUUCAACAACCAAUGAGCUCACAGCUGUUGGUGGAGCCAUCGUCACCACAUCGAAUAUCGCAGCAACCAACGGACUGAUCCACAUCAUCGAUAAGGUUUUGGUUCCUGACAGGAAGCUGAGCGAAGGGCUGCUGGCGACGCUCGCUCUCAGACCCGAGUUCUCGCUCUUCAGAUCGUAUCUCAUCGAUUAUAACCUGACAGACGAGAUCGAACAGGCCGACGAAUUUACCAUCUUCGCUCCGACAGAUACUGCCAUCAACGAUUACCUGAAGAAAAUGGCUGCCGUUGCCCUGGAUGUGAACACGACUCGUUACCAUGUGGUGGCAGCAGAGCGUCUGUUAAAGACCGACCUGCAGCCCGGAGGAUACAAACAGACUCUGCUUGGAUUCUCCUUCCAGCUUGGCAUCUUCCCCCGAGAAGGAAAGCUGUUUGUGAACGAUGCUCAGAUCAACUCCUCCAACAUCCUGAGCGGUAAAGGAGUGAUCCACGGUCUGUCAGCAGUUCUGCAGAUCAACAGGAACCGCUGUGAUGAAACAACCUACCAGAAAGUGAUGGGAACGUGCGUCGACUGUUUGUUCCCUCAAAGCAGAAUCUGCCCCAACGACACCGUUCCAGACAAAUCCGCGAGGUCUCGGAAAUGUAUGUUCGCGCGGAUGUUUGAGGCGGAGCGGCUGCUGACCAUCGGCUGCAAAGCCACCUGCCUCCAGACAAACGUUGUGAAGAAGUGCUGCGCAGGCUUUUUCGGGGAGCGCUGCGAGCCGUGUCCCGGUCCGAAGGGUCAGCCCUGCUUCGGUAACGGAGUGUGCUCUGACGGGACAAACGGGACCGGGGUCUGUCAGUGUAACGCAAACUUCAACGGGACAGCCUGUGAGACCUGCCAUGGCGGGAAAUACGGAGUCCACUGCGAUCAGGGUUGUGGAUGUAAAAAUGGCCGCUGUAACGAAGGGCUGCGAGGCGACGGGACGUGCGAGUGCGACGUCGGCUGGAGAGGAGUCCUCUGUGACGAAAAGAUCGAAUCCAAAGCUGACGAACGGUGCGGCUCGGUGAAAUGUCACACCAGCGCCAAUUGCGUGAUGACAUCGUCCGGCUCUCAGUGUCUCUGUGCGGCGGGAUUCGAAGGAAACGGAACCUUCUGUCAAGCCAAAGACCCGUGUGUGGUGGAUAACGGCGGCUGCAGCCCGCACGCCGUCUGUAAGAGGACUCGACCCGGACUCAGGGACUGUGUGUGUGACAGCGGUUACUCUGGAGACGGACUCGUGUGUGUCGAGAUAAAUCCCUGUCUGGAGGGAAACGGAGGCUGCCACGCCACAGCCGAGUGUGUUCAUGUCGGACCAAACAAAACUUCCUGCGUCUGCGGCGAAGGUUUCUCAGGUGAUGGACAGAACUGUAAGAUGAUCAACUUGUGUUUAAAGAAAAACGGAGGCUGUCAUAGGUACGCCAGGUGUAACAUGACCGGUCCAGGUGUUCGCACCUGCACAUGCAUCCCUAACUUCAUUGGAGAUGGAGUCACCUGCACAGGCACCGUGGGGAGGGAAAUCCUGACGCGGAGGCUGAGAGACUUUCACCUCAGUCUGAUGAUUUUGGGGAUUUCUCUGGAAGGUCGUGGUCCGUUCACCGUCUUCGUUCCGAGCAGCAGCGCCUUCGCCGUGGACACAAACGGUGGCGGCAAGAUGAGAUCGCUGGUGUCGGAGAAACACAGAGAACAAUUCGCCGCCACCCUGCGCAGUCACAUCGUCAUGUGUCACACUCUGCUUCCUGUCGACCUGAGUCGACCCCGAAACCUGACGUCUCUGUCCGGACUUGUCCUGUCCACCAGGUCCAUCCAGGGCAGCAUCUUCAUCAACGAGGCAAACGUGACGUACAGCAACGGCGUUGGCAUCAACGGCAUUUUCCAUGAGAUCAGCAAGAUUCUGUUUCCUCCUGAUGUGGACAGAGACAAGGAUCCAGAUGUCCCCCUGAACCUGACGGACGUGUCUGAGCAUCAUGGUUAUAAAACCUUCUACAAACUUCUCAAGGACACAGGUGUGAUGGACCUGGUGAAUGAUGGGAUGAACCAGCCGGUGACCGUCUUCCUGCCCACAGACGGCGUCAUGGCAUCUCUGCCACAGGAGCAGAAGGACUUCCUGUUCCACCCACAUAACAGACCUCACCUGGUGGAGUACCUGAAGUACCACAUCCUGCCGGCCCAGAAGAUUUACGCUGAAGGUCUGAUCCAUCAGGACUCAGCUCGGACUCUGCAGGGCUCGCCGCUCUCCUUCACCUGUGGAGGGAUGGACGACAUCGGAGAAAUCUUUGUGAAUGAUGGGAAGUGUCGGAUCGUUCAGAGACACCUCGUCUUUAACGGCGGGAUCGCCUACGGGAUCGACUGCCUGCUGACUCCUCCCAGCCUCGGAGGACGCUGUGAUGAACAGACGACCUUUGACCUCCAGAUGAAUUGUGGACCGUGCACCUCCUCAGCUACUCGCUGUCCUACAGGGUCCAAACUAAAGGAGGUCGAGAAGUGCGACCUUCCCACUGUGUUCGUCACGAAAAACUCCGGGUGUCGCAGCAUCUGCACCGUCAACUUCUGGCGAGCUACGUGUUGUCAUGGUUACUACGGACGAGACUGUCUGGUGUGUCCAGGUGGAGUCGGCUCUCCCUGCAGUAACCAUGGUAAAUGUGACGAUGGUAACCUUGGCAACGGCACCUGCACCUGUGACGCAGGUUUCGGGGGCGUGGCCUGUGAGCAGUGCAGCGAUGGAUUCUACGGACCCACCUGUAAAGCCUGUAACUGUUCAGAACACGGGUCAUGUGACGACGGGCGUAAAGGCACAGGUUCAUGUUUCUGUGAGGGUGGAUGGGCCGGAGAGCGAUGUGAGACCGAGCAAUCUGAAGCCUUUCACUGUUCUCCGUCCUGUUCUCCAAAAGCCGUCUGUAAGGAAAACAACACCUGCGUCUGUCGACCAUUUUAUGAAGGAGACGGAUUCACCUGUACAGCUGUGGACAUGUGUCAGAUCUGGAACGGUGGUUGUGCCAAAGGAGCCAAAUGUUCUCAGAAGGGAGAAAAGGUGAGCUGCACCUGUCCUAAAGGUCACUCUGGAGACGGGUUCACCUGUCAGCCCAUUGACCCCUGUGUCUCCGGAGACAACGGAGGCUGCCACGAACACGCCAGCUGCACCAUGAUGGCUCCGGGGAAGAAGAAGUGCACGUGUAAAGACAACUACAUUGGAGAUGGAGUGACCUGUGAGGUCAAACAGCUGCCAAUCAGUCGCUGUCUCCAAGACAACGGACAGUGUCAUCAAGACGCCACAUGUACAGACCUACACUUUGAAGACGCAACACUCGGUGUGUUUCACUACCGUUCAGUUAAAGGUCAGUACAAACUGAACUACACUGCAGCUCAACAGGCCUGCACUGCAGAGGGAGGCAGCCUGGCUACGUACACUCAGCUGUCCUACGCUCAGCAGGGUGGACUGAACAUGUGUGCUGCCGGCUGGUUGGACCGGGCCCGGGUGGCCUACCCCACCACCUACUCCAACCCCAACUGUGGCUUUGGACACGUGGGCAUCGUGGACUAUGGGAUCCGCAAAAACCUGAGCGAGACCUGGGACACCUUCUGCUUCAGGAUAAAGGAGGUGAAGUGUGAGUGUAACAUCGGUUACCUUGGAGACGGCUUCAGGUGUACAGGAAACCUGCUGCAGGUGCUCAGAUCCACGCCGACCUUCUCCAGCUUCCUCACACAAAUCCUGAACUACUCUCAGACGUCUGAAUCAGGGAGACAGUUCGUGAAGCGUCUCGGCAACCUGACAGUCCAGUCCACUCUGUUUGUCCCUGACAACGACGGCCUUCCUGACAACCAGACUCUGUCUCAGCGGGACAUUGAGUUCCACCUGUCGGAGGGUCAGGCCCUGUCUCUCAGCCAGCUCAAGAACGGCAGUAGGAUCAGGACCAGGGUUGGAAGUCUGACCGUCCUGGGAGUGGCAGACCUGCUGGACCCGUCGGCUCUGUCAUCCCGUUACAUCAACAACCGCUUCGUCAUCAGCUCGGACAUCCUGGCCUCAAACGGGAUCAUACAUGUUCUUCAGGGACCCCUGAAAGCCCCGCCUCCACGCCACGAGAUGCACGUGGCUCACAGGGCAGGGAUGGGCGUCGGAGUGCUGCUGCUGAUUGGUCUGAUGGCAGGAGCCAUUUUUGUUGGAUACCACUUCUACACCCACAACACCAAACCUUUCCACUUCCACUACUUUAAGGAGGAGGAGGAGGAGGAGGAGGAAGCUCCACCCGCAGACGCCAGUCGCAGCAUCUGUAACCCGGUUUAUGAAGCGGCUCCAGAACCUGCGGAGUCCAACGCGUGUGACGUGACGGCGGAGGACAAACACGAGGUGGUGAAUGGAGGAUCGUACGAGCUGCUGCAGGACAGCUGAGAGACGGGGACACUGGAACGGUUUUACACCCGUCCUCUGAUCCGCUUCCAGCAGUGUUUCACCAUGGACUUACACACUGACGUUUCUUUUGUCUGCUGAUUAAACGCUGGGUCCAGCUUCAGGGUUCAGCGCAGGCAGUUGAUGGAGGAUUUGCUGAAACGCCAAUGAUGCGUUCAGGUGCUCUGAGUCAACUUCAGAAAGUCUGACAUCUCCAGAAAUAGAUCGUAACAGUCAUGUCUGCCCAGGCCUGUUGCCUCUGGUUCAGAAAGCUUUGUUUACCGUGUUAGAAAAUCUGUAAACCACUGAGUAAAGAAUAAUGUGUAACCGUGGGACGAUCAAUGUUGAUUUAAAAAAAAAA